UUUCUUUCAGUUAAAAAUGGGAAUAAAAAAGGUAAAAAUUAGUUCCGUUAAACGAGCCGCUCAUCUUAAAAACAAAAAGGCUCCACAAAGUAAACAACAGCAGCAAAAAUUAGCCCAACAGAAAGCUGCGAAGGAGAAGGCACAAAACGUUUUCAUACAAAAAGCCAGGAAAAAAGAUAAUUUAGCCCAGAAAAGGAGGCAGAAUAGACAGGAGACACGGAUGUCAAAUUUACCACCUCAAAGUGAUGAAGAAGAUGGAGACAAUCUAGUGGAUAAAGUAGCUGAUAUGUUGGAAGAUGAAGAUUUGGAAUAUUUGCAAUUAAGUAAAAAUUCUAAGCAAAGAAAACGUAAAUAUGUAGAAGAAGUAGGGGAAGAAAACCAUGCGGAUCUUAAAUAUUCUAUUAGCUUGGAAAAGCAAUAUGCAAGUAAAACUGCAGAAGAAUUGGAGAAUAAAAAGGUGAAAGUGAAUCUAUUGCCUAUCAAAAGUCGCGAAGGUGAUAUUAUUGCCCGAUCCGCAGAAGUAGAUUAUAAGGCGAAAAUAAAAAACAUUAAGAAACAAAAACCGGAGGAGGAAAGAAAUGAGGACAGUGUGCUGGAACAGGAGUUCUAUGAGGAUAGCGAUGAAGACAUCGUUAAUGAUGAGGAUACAAAUAUUGCUUCGAUUAACCCAGAGAACAAAGUAAUAACAACUACUGAUUUAUUAAUAGCUCGCCAGCAGGAAAUUGAACGCCAAAAGUAUCGUAUAGGCAUUAUAUGUUCAGGUAUUUUGGAGAAACCUGAAGAUAAAAUUCGAAAUUUUAAGGCUUUAUUUGAGCUUAUGGAUGAAACUAGCCCUACGGGAUCAAUUAAUUUGCUGACUGUGCGAAAGUUAGCUAUAGUUUCAUUAACAGAAAUUUUUAAAGAUAUAUUACCGGAAUAUCGUGUGGGUCAGGUUGAUACUAAAAUGCAACACGUGCGCAAGGCUACCUUACAGAGAGUAACCUAUGAAAAUGCUUUACUGCAACAAUUUAAAAAGUUCUUACAACGUUUGGAGAAAUUAACGGCAGCAGUAAAUCGACGUGGCCAGACUAGCAAAACACCUCAAGCUAUUAAAAUGGCUGAAGUGUCUGUGCAGAGUAUGUGCGAGAUUCUUACUGCACAUCCUUACUUCAAUUAUGUUAAAAAUGUUGCUCAACUGCUUGUGUAUAUGCUGAAUUGUAAUUAUCCUCGCAUGCGAGCAGCAGUCAACCAAUGUUUUCGCUACGUAUUUGCUAAUGAUAAAAAGCUAGAGAUGUCUCUUUUUAUAAUACGUCGCAUAAAUCAUUUAAUCAAGACCAAAAAUAAUAAUGUUAAUUUGGAAUGCAUUACUUGCCUAAUGGCGUUAAAAAUAAAAAAUGUUAACUUGGACUUGGAAAAAGAAAACGAAUUGAAACAAAAGAAAUUAGAAGCACAUCGUCAACGUGUGCUAAAUCUUUCCAAGAAGGAACGUAAAAGGCGGAAAAAAUUGGCUGAAUUGAAUAAAGAAUUAGAAGAGACGCGUGCCGAGGAGAACAAACAGACUAAAAAUUACAAACUAACCGAGAUAGUCAAAAUGAUGUUUACUAUAUACUUUCGGGUACUAAAAAACGAUCCCAAUUCAAAAGUAUUGAGUGCCAUUCUGGAAGGAUUGGCAGAAUUCGCCCAUGUUAUUAAUUUGGAUUUUUUUGCCGAUCUAAUUGAUGUGCUGAAUCGCAUUUUGGAAACCCAAGAGGAUUUGGGAUACCGUGAACAGUUGCACUGUAUACAAACGAUAUUUGCUAUACUGUCAGGUCAGGGCGAAGUUCUGAACAUAGAUCCUAUACGUUUUUAUCAACAUUUCUAUAGAAAUAUGUUAGCUGUAAAUGCUGGAAAAAAUCAUGACGAUUUUUGUAUAAUUCUAAAGACUUUGGACGAGGUAUUAGUGAAGCGCAGGCGCAACAUUAGUCAGCAACGUUUAAUGGCAUUUGUCAAACGUUUGCUUAUUGUUUCUUUGCAUUUAUUGCAUCACGGAACUUUAGCUAGUUUGGGCACCAUUAAAACAACUUUUCAAUUAACUUCGGUUCUAGACAUCCUCCUAGACACUGAUUGCAGCAUUGGAUCAGGUAAAUACAAUCCGGAAUUGGAGGAUCCAGAAUAUUGCAAUGCCUCGUGUACGGCUCUCUAUGAAUUAACAAUGCUGACCCGUCAUUACCAUCCUACAGUACGCAAAAUGGCUUUACAUAUAGCUAAUGGGGUUCCAGCCACUGGGGAAGGCUCUCUGCCUUCAGAAAUAGGAAAACUGACGGCUUUGGAACUAUUUGAACAAUUUGAUAGUACGUCAAUGGUGUUCAAUCCUUCGAUCCCGGUGCCCCCCCAAACAUCAAGUGAACCUAAAAUCAAAAAGAGUAAACAUAGUCAGUUACAAAAGGAUCUCAAACUUGACUAUCAAAAAUUAUUCAAAGAGCACUUCACCCACCUGGAAGACACAUCAAAAAAUUCGGAGAUUAUUGACUUUUAUAAAGAGUUGAAACUAAGUUGCUGAAAGACCAAAGGCGAAAAGUUGUAUAGAAUUAUCUAAUAUUUCAAAAACCGUGCUUUCUUCCCUAAUACAAAUUUCCUUAUAAAAUAAUUUAUUAC